AUGCCCCGCACUUGGAUAACUUCUGAUCUUCAGCUACGACUAAUUUUGACUCUCUUCUUAGUUGCAGAAUGCUUAAGUGCAGAAAUGGAAGGUCCUAAAACAUCAAACAACUCAAUGCAGCAGAUGGACAAUGGCAAUCACAGUUCAGUUUCAACAACUUCAUCUACGGAAAGAAAGCAGAGCACUGUAACACUUUAUGCAGAAGUUAAAACUUCACUAUUAGAACUGGUGGAUGCAAAAGCUGUGCUCACUUGCCCUCCUGUGCAGUGGCCAAGUGUGUUGGUAACAUGGGAAAUAGUCCUCAGAGACAAGCCGCCCUGCUUCAGAGCCUACAGACGUGAUACAAAUCAGACCACAGGAGGAAACUGUACUGACAAGAGAAUAACCUGGGCCUCUGGACCUGACGAGAAUCCUGCCCUUCAGAUCAGUCCAGUGGCCAUCACUCAUGAUGGGAAUUACACGUGCCAAAUAGCAACAAGUAAUGGGAAUUUCCAGCAUGAAUAUCACCUCCAAGUGUUAGUGCCCCCGAAGGUGACCCUGACCCAAACUGAGAAGGGAACUGCAGUGUGCAAGGCAGCUGCAGGGAAGCCGGCUGCACAGAUCUCCUGGACCCCAGAGGGGGAUUGUGCCACUGAGCAAGAGCCUUACUGGGGCAAUGGCACCGUGACCGUCCAGAGUACUUGCCGCUGGGAGGACCGCCAUGUGCUGAAUGUGUCCUGCUCUGUCUCCCACCUGACUGGCAACAAGAGUCUGUCCAUACAACUGAGUCAAGGUUCUGAAAUACAAGCACACUUCAUUUUAUAUAUCAUUGCCCCUAUUUUUAUUAUCUUGAUCGUCAUGGGAUCCAUUUGGCUUUUGAAAAUCAGUGGCUGCAGAAAAUGUAAAUUGAAAAAAAAAGAGCAUACUCCAGUUGUUGAGGAGGAUGAAAUGGAGCCCUAUGCCAGCUACACAGAGAAGAACAAUCCACUUUAUGAUAUUACAAACAGGGCGAAGACGUCUCAGGUGUUACCAAGUGAAGUUGAUGGGAUGAAUCUCCAUACUGUUUAUGUUCCUAGAGUGUAG